GUUACUUGAAACUUUGGCAACUCCAGAAACCUUCUCUUUCCAAGUAUGAUGCCAUCUUGGUGGAUGAGGCCCAAGAUUGCACCCCCGCGGUUAUGGAUAUUGUCCUCUCACAAACAUGCGGAGUGAUCUUGGUAGGAGAUCCACACCAACAGAUUUACACCUUCCGGGGUGCUGUCAACUCACUUCUGAAUGUGCCCCACAGCCGCAUCUUCUACCUGACCCAGAGUUUUCGCUUUGGCUCCGAAAUAGCUUACGUUGGCGCGACCCUUCUGGAUGUUUGCAAGAAAGUCCGGAACAAAACCCUGGUGGGAAACAACCAGGAAAGUGAUGUCAGCGGAGUCGGCGUGGAAGGCAAAGUGGCUCGCUUAUCCCGGAACAACCAAACCGUCUUUGAGGAUGCUGUGAAUGUUACAGGUGGAGACUCACCUGCUAAGAUACACCUGCUGGGGGGUCUUAAAGCUUUUGGACUGGAGAAGAUUCAUGAUCUCUGGAAGCUCCUUCAUCCCGAACUGAAACUCGAGAUAAAGGAUUUCUUCAUCAAGAGGUGGGCUGAGAAGGGCUUGGCCAGCAUCAGGGACUAUGCUGAAAAAGCAGAAGACAAACAACUGGAAGUAAAAAUUGGAAUUGUGGAGAAAUAUCGGGAACGUAUUCCGGAGCUGCUGGAGAGAAUAUCCCAGUGCCAUGUCUUGGAUCCAAAAGAUGCAGAUUACAUCCUAGGGACUGUGCACAAGGCCAAAGGGCUGGAAUUUGACACCGUCCAAGUUGCGGGCGACUUUGUGAGCAUCCCAUUUACAUGGCCCUACCUUGGAAGGUUGCCGCGGAGUCUACCUGCUGUCCCAGAGGCCAUUCCGGAAGAUGAGUGGAAUUUGCUGUACGUCGCUGUCACUCGAGCCAAGAAGCGUCUUGUCAUGUCCAGAUUUCUUGCCGAUAUCCUAAAAGUCACUAAGGAAUACUACGUACGCUUUGAAUUAACUGAGGAAGUUUGCAAGAAUAUGUCGCUUUGGUGUUCAGAACAGCUCUGCUGCAACUCCAUCCCAGCGGAUUCUGUGCUCAUCCCAAAAAGGAUAAAUUUUGUUUACGUACGUAUCUUGGUUUAGUAAGCAACUGGCUCAGUAACACAGAGUCAUCUAGACAGAUAGAAUAGAAUUCUUUAUUGGCCAAGUGUGACUAGACACACGAGGCAUUUGUCUUG